AUGAGUUCCUACUUUGUAAAUCCUCUCUUUUCCAAGUACAAAGGCGGUGAAUCGCUGGAGCCAACUUACUACGACUGCAGAUUUCCACAAAGUGUUAGCAGGAGCCAUGCUCUCGUGUAUGGUCCGGGCACUACUGCUCCCACCUUCCAGCACCCUUCACACCACGUCCAAGAGUUUUUCCACCACGGAACCUCCAGCAUCUCCAACUCUGGAUACCAGCAAAACCCAUGCGCCUUGGCGUGUCACGGAGACGCUUCUAAAUUCUAUGGAUAUGAAGCUCUACCGAGGCAAUCGCUUUAUGGUGCUCAGCAAGAGACGACUGUUGUACAAUAUCCUGACUGUAAAUCGUCUUCCAACAGUAACUCUAGCGAGGGACAAGGGCAUUUAAAUCAAAAUUCGUCUCCCAGUCUCAUGUUCCCAUGGAUGAGACCUCACGCUCCCGGAAGACGCAGUGGCAGACAAACUUACAGCCGGUACCAGACCCUGGAGUUAGAAAAGGAGUUCCUCUUCAACCCGUAUUUGACACGGAAGCGGCGGAUUGAGGUCUCUCACGCCCUGGGACUGACCGAGAGACAAGUGAAGAUCUGGUUCCAGAACAGGAGGAUGAAGUGGAAAAAAGAAAACAAUAAAGAUAAGCUGCCGGGGGCCAGGGACGAGGAGAAAACGGAAGAAGAAGGGAAUGAAGAAGAGGAAAAAGAAGAGGAGGAAAAAGAAGAAAGCAAGGACUGAGUUCUCAGCCCCUUGAAGUCUCGUUUUAUGGCAGAUGAUAAAUCGAGAUGUUUACGACGGUCAUUUGCUUUUAUAGAGUAUAGAAUGGAGAGGCUCACACAGCAGUAACUACCUGUCAAACAGUUGUAGCCUUUUUUAUUGUCAUAGAAACUUCC